AUGGGAGAUCUAAAUCAAACACUUGUGACAGAAUUCAUCAUUCUGGGAUUCCCUAGCCUUCAGAAGCUUUAUCCUGUGCUGUUCCUGAUCUUCCUAUGUAUCUACAUUUUUACUAUUACAGGUAAUAUUGCUAUCUUUCUAACAGUGUUUAUGAACUACAAUCUUCAAAUCCCAAUGUUUUUCUUCCUCAACCAUCUCUCUGCUAUGGAAAUUUGGUAUACUUCAGUCAUUGUCCCCAAAAUGUUAGCAAACUUUGUGACAAAUGGUAAUAGUAUUUCCUUUAACAACUGCAUGAUUCAGCUUUACCUCUUUAGCUCUCUUGGAGCAUCUGAGUGUUAUCUGCUCACAGCCAUGGCUUACGACCGAUUUCUUGCCAUAUGCCAGCCAUUACACUAUUCCACACGGAUGACCAAUGCAACAUCUCUCCAGCUGGCCUCUGGUUCAUGGUUGGGUGGCUUUAUUUCACCAGUACUUCCAGUAGUAUUGAUAGCUAAGCUUAAAUACUGCGGCCCCAACAAAGUGAACUACUUUUAUUGUGAUGCUCAACCUCUCCUCAGAUUGUCCUGUAGCAAUACACAUUUUACAGAAGUGGCUAUUAGCAUAUUAGCUUCUGGUCUUAUUUUCAGCUCUUUCGUACUAACUGUUCUUUCAUACAUCUUUAUCAUCUCCACAAUUUUAAGAAUCCCCUCUGCCAUCGGAAGGAAAAAGGCCUUCUCUACAUGUGCCUCUCACUUGACUGUAGUUAUAAUUUAUUAUGGUACUAUUACCUGCAUGUACAUGCAACCUAUGUCUAAAUUUCCGUUAGAUGUCAAUAAAGUGCUCUCACUACUAUACACUGUAGUGACGCCAAUGCUAAACCCUAUAAUCUACAGUUUAAGGAACAAGGAGAUGAAGGAAUCCUUAGGAAAGGUUAUAAUAAGGUUGAAAAGAAAGUAA